AUGCUCUGUGGUCCAUUCCAAGGCCCGCAGCGCUGGCGCGAGCGCGCACUGAGAAAAAAGGAUGGAGAGAGGCAAGCCCAGAAGGGCUCGCAGGCGACUAAGGGGCACGGCCGGCUUAUUCCCCUAGCCUCCCAGGGACCCCACGGCGCCCCUCUGCGGGCAGCGCGCAGGCGCCUGCUCUCCCGCCCCCUCCGUCCUGCGUGCCGCCCUUUCACCCUGGCAACCGCGGCGCGACGGCAGCGCGCGGGCUCGGUCUUGGGUGUUCCCCUGCCCCUCCUCCUCCUCCGUACACGGUUUUCGGGCGCGCUUUCGGCCCCGCGGGGCUGCACCUCGAGCCAUGGACUCCCAGAAAGUAAGCUGGGAAGGGGGCGCGGCGCCGGGGGCACCGUUUGGGCGGCGCCGGUGGGCGGUGGGCGCGUGCACCGCCGGGUGGGGCGCAGGCCUGGCGGGCGGGACAGGUCGGAGCGUCGGAGGGCCGGGCCCCCGCCGCUCGAGCUGGGGGGCGAAGGGGCGCCCGCACGAGAAGCGCUACAAAGGAUUAUUUCAACUCUGGCAAAUAAAAAUGAUGAAAUUCAGAACUUUAUUGAUACACUGAAUCAUACAUUAAAAGGAGUUCAGGAAAAUUCUUCUAAUAUACUUUCAGAAUUAGAUGAAGAAUUUGAUAGUCUGUACUCUAUAUUGGAUGAAAUGAAAGAAAGUAUGAUUAGCAGUAUCAAGCAGGAACAAGCUCGUAAAUCACAAGAGUUACAGACACAACUUAGUCAGUGUAAUAAUGCCCUGGAGAAUUCUGAAGAACUGUUAGAGUUUGCAACACGAUCACUGGAUAUUAAGGAACCUGAAGAAUUUUCAAAGGCUGCCAGACAGAUCAAGGAUAGAGUCACAAUGGCAUCAGCCUUUCGCCUUUCUUUGAAACCAAAAGUCAGUGACAACAUGACUCACUUAAUGGUGGAUUUCUCUCAGGAAAGACAGAUGCUGCAAACGUUGAAGUUUUUGCCAGUUCCCAAAGCUCCAGAGAUAGAUCCAGCAGAGUGUUUGGUGGCUGACAACGCAGUAACAGUAGCAUGGAGAAUGCCAGAAGAAGAUAAUAAGAUUGACCACUUUAUAUUAGAAUAUAGGAAAACGAAUUUUGAUGGACUUCCACGUGUAAAAGAUGAGAGAUGCUGGGAGAUAAUUGAUAACAUUAAGGGUACUGAAUAUACACUACCAGGUUUAAAAUUUGAUUCUAAGUAUAUGAAUUUCAGAGUGAGAGCAUGCAACAAGGCUGUGGCUGGAGAAAAUUCUGAACCAGUCACUCUAGAGACCAAAGCCCUUAACUUCAGUUUGGAUAACUCCUCAUCCCAUUUGAACUUGAAAGUUGAAGAUACCUGUGUAGAGUGGGAUCCUACUGGAGGAAAAGGUCAAGAAACUAAAAUGAAAGGAAAAGAGAACAAGGGCAGUGGUACGCCAUCCCCUAAACGGACAUCAGUGGGCUCCAGACCCCCAGCAAUAAGAGGCAGCAGAGAUCGUUUUACUGGGGAAUCAUACACAGUGCUGGGAGACACUGCUAUUGAAAAUGGACAGCACUAUUGGGAGGUCAAGGCCCAGAAGGAUUGUAAAUCCUACAGUGUGGGAGUAGCUUAUAAAACUCUGGGGAAAUUUGACCAGUUAGGAAAGACGAACACUAGUUGGUGUAUCCAUGUCAACAACUGGCUACAGAACACAUUUGCAGCAAAGCAUAAUAAUAAAGUGAAAGCCUUGGAUGUUGCUGUUCCUGAGAAAAUAGGUGUAUUUUGUGAUUUUGAUGGAGGUCAACUCUCUUUCUAUGAUGCAAACUCAAAACAAUUAUUGUAUUCCUUUAAGACAAAAUUUACUCAACCAGUGCUUCCAGGUUUCAUGGUUUGGUGCGGUGGACUUUCUUUGAGUACUGGGAUGCAAGUUCCAAGUGCUGUGAGAACACUUCAGAAAAGUGAAAAUGGAAUAACUGGUUCAACCAGCAGCCUGAACAAUGUUGCUCAGUAGUGCCUGCUCAGCAGAUAUGACCCCAUUUUGAUUGGGAGACUUCUUCUGUGCGAUUAUAAAUCACAGAAACUUAUGAGUGGUGCAAAUCAGGUUUGCUUCCUUCAGCUUUAAGGCCU